AAAGCAUGCACACACAUGCAAACACACGAUAGGAGUGCAGCAAGAGUUCAAGAGCACUGGAUUCAAGGGGAGUGGACACAUUUUGGGGAAAAGUGCUCACUGUAUCAGACAGGAUCGCUUGUGUUUGUUUGGAGUUGGGAGGAAGGCAGAGUCAUCUGUUGCUGCUGCUUCUCUCUUGUUUUUUCAAUUUUGACUUUUGAGCCUCUGUGCGAGGAAAGCGAGCAGAGCGGCAGUGUUUUCAGGUGCGGCACAGACGCACGGGCAUGUGUCGUGUAUGAGAGAGGAAGGGCAGCACAGAGGGGAAACCAGAUCCAUCCACGCGCCAUGACGAAAGGAGGCUCUUGCGAUCCAAGUCUAAAUGAAGAUGGGACUCAGCGCUGCAUGUCUGGCAGCAAUUAUGGCAGCAAAGACAGCAGGAAUAGGGCGCUAUACCAUCCAGGCGUCCCAUUAGUGGGAUUGAUGUUGUUGGCCAUCCUCCCGCUUGGAGUGAGCUUCAAACAAAGUGUCCCUCGACUCAAACUGAGCCAAAGAGAUCUGCUGCAAGCAAAGAGUGUUUCUCUGUUUUUGGGCCCCUCCGACGGCUUGCUGUCACACUCCCUGCUGCUGGAUGAGGAGAGGGGUCGCCUUCUUCUGGGUGCCAGGGAUCACAUCUACCUGCUUGACCCUGACAACCUGGCCAAGGGUCCCAGAAAGAUUCACUGGCCUGCACCCCGCGACCGAGUGGAAGGAUGCAAACUGGCAGGCAAACAUUUGAAUGAGUGUGCAAACUUUGUGAGGGUGCUCCACAACUAUAACCUGACACAUGUCUACGCCUGUGGAACGGGAGCCUUCAAUCCAAUCUGCGCUUUCAUUGAAAUCACUGGCUCAAGACAGGAUGGAGUGUUCCGGCUGCUUUCUUCCACGGUGGCGUCUGGCAGAUUGAAAUGUCCUUUUGAUCCAUUGCAGGCAUUCACCUCAGUCCUCACAGACCAGUAUCUGUAUGCGGGCACUGCCUCGGAUUUCUUGGGCAAAGACACGACGUUCACACGCUCCCUCGGCCCGCCACCUGACCAGCACUACAUACGCACCGACAUCUCAGAGGACUACUGGAUCAAUGAGGCCAAGUUCAUAUCCGCACACCCCAUCGCAGACACCUACAAUCCGGACGACGACAAAAUCUACUUUUUCUUCCGGGAGGUGUCGUGGGAAGGGAACGACAAGAGCGUCCUGUCACGCGUGGCUCGCGUUUGCAAGAAUGAUGUGGGUGGCCUAAGGAGUCUGACCAACAAAUGGACCACCUUCCUCAAAGCAAGACUUGUGUGCUCCAUACCUGGACCCGACGGAGUGGACACCCACUUUGAUGAGCUACAGGACAUUUUUAUGCUUCCUACCAGGGAUCCAAAGAAUCCAAAGGUGUAUGCGGUCUUCACCACCUCCAGCUCUGUUUUUCGAGGCUCGGCUGUGUGCGUGUACAACAUGGCGGAUAUAAGGGCCGUCUUCAACGGGCCCUACGCUCACAAGGAAGGGCCAGACCACCGCUGGGUCGAGUAUGAUGGGAGGAUACCAUAUCCGCGUCCUGGCACGUGUCCCAGUAAAACAUACGACCCUCGCAUCAAGACCACCAAAGAUUUCCCAGACGAGGUGGUCAGCUUCAUUCGGUUCCACCCUCUCAUGUUCCGCUCUGUCUACCCUUUGAGCGGCCGCCCCGUGUUCACUCGAGUCCGAGUGGACUACACCUUGACCCGGGUUGUGGUGGACAGAGUUUUAGCCGAGGACGGACAGUAUGAGGUUCUCUUCUUGGGGACAGAUGCUGGCACAGUUCUGAAGGUGGUGAGCAUCACCAGAGACCAGCGGUCCACAGAGGAAGUAGUGCUUGAAGAGCUUCAAGUGUUCCAGGUUCCCACUCCAAUUCUCAGUCUUGAGAUUUCUUCAAAGCAGCAACAGCUGUACGUUGGGUCUAGCGAGGGUCUGGCCCAGCUCUCGCUCAGCAGAUGUCACCUCUACGGCCAAGCCUGCGCCGACUGCUGCCUGGCCCGAGACCCCCACUGUGCCUGGGAUGGGCACAUGUGCUCCAGAUACAUCCCUGCAGCCAAGAGGAGAGCCAGGCGACAGGACAUCAAGCAUGGGGACCCCGCCAGCCAGUGUUGGCAGACAGAGGACAGUCUUGGCGUGGGUCAAGUGGAGGAGCGAGUUCUCUUUGGUGUGCAGAGUAACUCGACGUUCCUUGAGUGCAUCCCCAAAUCUCAGCAAGCCCGGAUUCACUGGUUUGUUCACAGGACUGGAUCAAAACACAGGGAGCAGGUCAGGCCGGAUGACCGCGUCAUACAAACGGACAGAGGCCUCCUGAUUCGCUCCGUGUACACGUCAGACGUCGGCGUGUACGAGUGCGAAGCUCAGGAGCACACUCACUUCGCCCACACACUCCGCCGGCUCACGCUGCAGCUCCUUCCACAAGACCAACUGGACCGAAAGACCAAAGCUGGCGAGGACCUGAUGACGGAACUGCGACAUGGCCACCCUUUCAAAGACUACCUGAGGCUCAUGAGCUCCUCUGUGGGCUCCCUGGAAGAGUACUGCGACUCUCUCUGGCUUGAGAAGAGGCCGUUGAAGGCCCGCGGCCGAACCUUGGGAGUCGGCAAGUGGAAGCACAUGCAGGAUAUAAAGAAGAGUAGAAAUAGGAGGCACCACAAAGAGAAGGAAAGAAAGGCUGACAAACUGUAGUGCACAAUGGAGAAGACUGUUGAAAUGGCAGGACACAUCAGUCUACAGGCGAAAAAAUGGAAACGUCCACAGUUCACUGCAUGUUUGACAGGCAGAUUUUUUAAAUACUCUAUUUUCAAAGCUCUGGUGUAGAAUGCUCCAAAAAUCAGAGUCAGACCAAUUGGUCAUGCAAUUAAUUGUCAUUUAUACAAAUGUUGAGAGUCCCCAAAAUUGAUACUUAAGUUAAAACAGUUGCCAUUUCAUUCGCUGGGCAACCUUCCACAAAAGAAAAUAAGCCGGAUGGUUUGAACAGGGACGAAAAUAGCACCAUUUUGUGGACACACCUAUGCGCCAGUACUAGGUGUCCGCAGUUUAUGACAGAAUUCCUUUCCGACAGUGACAACACAAUCCAAAAUUGCAUGUUAAGUUGGAGGAGAAGUUAUCAUUUGAGUAGCGAGACAACUUUGUAGAAAAUGGCGCACAAUUUUGCUGUAUCCUUUGAAUGGAAUAAAAAAAAGCAGCGCCAGGUGAUGGAUGGAGUUAAAAGCAAGCAAAGAAAUGCCUUGGUUUAAGACACAUUUCCUGAACUGCCAGGAAAUACUAAGCAGAGUGUCAUGUACCAAGUUCUUUACCUAAAUUGCUUUUUUUGUGAUACUUCUAACCUCAUCUUGUUCUAAUUGAGCCACCACGCCUUUGCUGGUCGCAGGAGAGUCGUGCAAGAAAAUCAACAUCACAGCUGACAAUUUCCUCAUCGAUUGCGUCGUCCAUCCCUUUUUUUUUUCAUUCAGAGACGUUAAGCUAUUUUCAAAUUAGUCAGCAUGAGAAAACAGUUUCCACUUGGAGAUAAAAAUGCAUUCAUGUUGAAUGACUGUAAAUAAUUUCUAUAACUUGUACAGGAUAUACAGGCGCAUCUCAAAACAGUGAACGUCCACCACAGAGCGGGUCAUUGAAACUCACACAAAAGGAUGUGUGAUUGCCAAAAGUUAAUAAAAUACUCUCUGUUCGACAAAGCCACAUACUGACAAAAUGAAGCUCCUCUCUUCAGUUCAACGGAGGUGCUUGAGAACGAUAUUUAUUAUUAGAGACAUGGCUUAGGACUGAGCACAAAAAAAGGUAAAUAGGCAAGUCCGCAUAUAAUGGCAGCCUGGUUCUCCCUUAAAAUGAGCAAAAAGGUGAAUUUGCCAGUGGAGAACGACGACUAUUGGGGUUCACUGUAAAUUUGAAUAAAGUAGAUACAUUUAUGUAUUCCAGUACAAUAGUUUAAUUCAAACAUCCUUUUCAGAAGGCCAACUCCUUCCUAAUUUCUGUUUUAAAAAUGCCGUACAUAUUUUGACAUGGUUACAUUUUUGUUCUUUAGUUGUCAGCUAUAAAUAUAAAAAUACAUUUGAAAAAAUAAGCAUGAACUGUUCCUCUUGUGAAUCUACAGUUUAUAUAUGAGUUGCAUUUUUUGAAAUUGAACCGGUAAAAUUUUUCGGAAUUCAUUGUCAUGCUUCUACAAUAUUCUAAUUCCUUGAGAUGCACCUGUGCAACAUGUCCAGCGUAGACUAAUUAGUGCUUUUAUAAUAAACCCAUCGGCUGUGAUGUCAAAGUCAGCCAAUAUUAUAUUUUUGUACUUUCAGAUCUUUUGGUUUUGUUGAAACUAUUUAAAUAAAUAUGUCUUGCGUGCCUAAAACCUGAA